AUGAAUGAAGUCAAGGAUUUGGAAGCUCUUCACCUGGAGGAAGCACAGUCGAAUGCUAAGGAAGCUUACAACGUCUAUGUACCGCCUGCGGAGCAGAGCUCUAUUCGGCGAAAAUUUGAUCGCCGGGUGUUGCCACUCGUGUGCAUACUCUACAUAUUAUCAUAUCUUGACCGAGGCAAUAUCGGGAAUGCGAAGACAGCAGGUAUAGACAAGGCACUCAGGCUCAAUGAUGCACAGUGGGCCUGGGUUCUGUAUGCGUUCUACAUUUGCUACAUAGUAUUCGAGUGGACCACGGUUCUAUGGAAGGUUUUUCCGGCACAUAUUUACAUUGCCAUCCUUUGUGUCUGCUGGGGAGCAGCUGCCAUGUGCAGUGGUGCAGUUAACAAUCUGACCGAGCUGAUUGUCUGUCGCUGCCUUCUUGGUAUAUUCGAAGCCGCAUUUGGCGCAGGGGCCCCAUAUUUUCUUUCGUUGUUUUACCAGAGAAAGGAGCUCGGGCUCCGUGUCUCUAUGUUACUGGGAAUGUCGCCGGUAGCGAACUGCUUUGCCAGUGCACUGGCCUAUGGCAUCACACGGAUCAGUAAUUCCAUUGAACCAUGGCGGCUCCUAUUUAUCAUUGAGGGAGCACCAACAGUCCUCUUCUCCAUAGUUGUCUUUUUCCUCCUCCCUGAUUCCCCCGGAACUGCCAAAUUCCUCACGGAAACCGAACAGACCCAAGCCGUCGAACGCCUCCAAACCGUCGACCAGACCGCCAAAAACCGCAUGGAAUGGAAACAAGUCCUCCAAGGCCUCGUAGACUGCAAGAACUAUAUCCACAUGACAAUCCACUUCUGCUGCAACUACUCGUUCGCCGGCCUCUCCAACUUCCUCCCCACCAUCAUCGAAGAAAUGGGCUACACCUCUGUCAAUGCGCAGGGCCUGUCUGCGCCCCCGUACUUCGCCUCCUUCCUCCUCUGCAUUGUAGCAGCUAUCAUCUCAGACCGGGGGGGAUAUCGGGGGCUGGUUAUAACAGCAUCUGCUAUCGUAGGAAUGGCAGGAUAUCUGAUUCUAGCUGCAGUGCAGGAUGAACACAGACCCGGUGUGAGAUAUUUGGGGGUUUGGCUAGCGACUUGUGGAGUGUUUCCAGCAUUAUCGAUUAAUAUAACGUGGUUGCUAAAUAAUCAGGGUGGCGAUUCGAAAAAGGGGGCUGGGAUGGCCAUUUUGGCGGUUUUUGGUCAGUGCUCGAGUUUUGUGAGUAGUUCAGCUUUUCCGGGCUCUGAGAGACCAUUUUAUGUCCGGGGUUGUGCCAUCGGGUGUGGAGUAACUGGUCUAGUUGCGGUGCUGGCGUUAGGGCUAUUUGUGAAAUUGAGCCAUGAAAAUCGGCGGCGGGAUCGGGUAUAUGGGAAGGUGGAUGAAAAUAUCCGGGUAGACGUUACAAAGGAGGGAGAUAACCACCCUCAAUUUCGGUAUAUGACCUGAAGGGCCGGAUGGAUAUAUCGUAUUUGUAUGUGGACUGCUCAUGCCUUACGUGUGACUCUG